AUGGAUUUUGAUUGUUUGUUAGAAUAUAUUUACAAUGACGAAAGUAUUAUUUCAAAAAUUAAAACAUAUGAUGAAACUAAAUCUAUUCAAUUAGAAUGGUCACAAUCAAAUUUAAUUUUAAUAAAUAAUCAAAUAUUUUUACCAUAUAAAGAAAUAUCAUUACAAAAUAUUGAUCUUCUAGUACAAUGGACAAUUGGAAAGUUUUAA